ACUCAUCAUGGAGGUGCAGGACGAACGGACUUCUGAGACGGCCCAGGACCUCAUAUCCCCGGCCGAAAGGGACGAUGCCGGGCUGCCACAAUGUGCAAGGAUCCAGAGAACUUUAGCUGACCCGAAGCUCGAAUUCGCUCUUGCAUGCAAGGAUCUGCUGACUGCCGCCCGUGAUGGCAAGCUGAACACGUUUGUACAGAUCUCAGUGGCACAUCCUACAGAGCAGACAUUAACCAGAUAUGCGAACACAGAAAUAGUAGAGGGAACAAGAGAUCCACUGUUUCUGACGGGUGUGACGUUUCCCUCGGAGUAUCCCAUCUACGAAGAAACUAAAAUUAAGCUAUCGGUGUAUGAUGUCAAGGAUAAGUCUCAAGAAACCAAACAUGUUCAGCUAAAGAAAAGGUUCACCUUUCUUACAAAAGCAGCUUCUUGA